AUGUUCUCCACAAAACAUUUAUACAUACUUUUUGCAUUAUUAAUGCCGUGUAUAGCCUUCGACUCUUUAGAUUUAAAAUGUGAAGUGUGUUGUCGUCUUGUUGAAGAAAUACAACGCAAUGUUAGUUCGGUGGAAGCAGCAAACAUUGUGCAAGUUUCUAAUUUUCGAUUGGACGGCAAUGGUGAUCAAAUAAAACAGACCGUUCCAUUAGCACGGACGCAGUUAUACUUAACAGAGGUAAUGGAAUCUGUAUGUGAAAAGAUGAAUGAUUAUGUACGUGCUACAUAUAAGAAGAAUGGUACGUUGACAGUUAUGCCACUGAUACUAGAUGGAAAAAUGAACCCGUUGAUGAGUGAGGUGGAUGUGGUUCAAGACUCUGAUCUGAACAAAAGCUUACAAUAUUUUUGCGAAGAAAUUGUCGAUGAUAUUGAAGAAGAUCUCAUAAAUUUUAUUAAGUCUGAAGAUGAUGACCACCUUGUUCAUUCCAUUUGUACUAAUGUUAUGCAAUUGUGCCCAAUAAAAAACAAUAAAGUAGAAUUAUAA